GCGGCGGCCGCGGAGAUGUCGGCGGGGAUGGUGGUUGUGCUGCUGGUGCUGGUGCUGGCGCUGGGCGGCCUCGGGAGGGCGGAUGAGGCACCGAAAGUGGAGGUGUACACCCGCGAAGACGCCGUGCUCGGGCGGGAGAACGUCCUCAACUGCUUUGUCAGCGGCUUCCACCCGCCUCACAUCGAGAUCUCCCUGCUGAGGAACGGGGAGCCCAUGAGCGGCGUGAAAUACGCAGACAUGGUCUUCAACGACAAGUGGCAUUUCGAGCGCCUGGUCUAUGUGCCCUUCACCCCCCAGAAGGGUGACCUCUACGCCUGCAGGGUGGCCCAUUCCACCUUCAGGGAGCCACAGAUCUUCCGAUGGGAGACAGACUUCUGAGCUGUGUCCGGGAUCAUCACGGCCUGAAAAAUUCUGCUUUUCAAGUCAAAGUCUUCUUGCUUCUGUCCUUCCCUCACAUGUUACUUGUGGAUGAUGAAGCACAAUUGUCAUAUUUGCUGAAUUCCUGCUUUAAUAGAGCUGAUCAUUAAAACAUCAUUUACUCAA